UAUAUUUCAUAACUAGGCAGUGCAGUCGUAAAGUGUAGCUUGGAGUAAGAAAAUAUACACCGAAAAAGAUUUUAAAGGCAACCAUGGAAAGUCAAAAGGUUUCUGAGAACAAAGACGACAUGAUAGCGUCUUACAAAGAGCUUCUUAAUGCUGAAUUAUCAAGACCACCAACUUUAAAACCUGUACUUGCCGAAUCUGUUGCAAACAUUAUGGACAGACGCUAUACUGAAAAUCUUGACAAAGCGCUUAAAAGCCUGGAACAAAGUCAAACUUUGGUAAAUAAAGCGAUGGAUCAAAAUGAACGACUAAUCAAUGCACUUUUGCUGAAAUCUGCUGAUGGUAAACAAAGCCAAUUUAGUAAAGAGGAUACUACCGAUGAAAAGAGCACGAAGAACUAUCCUGAAAGUAGUGAAAAACGCAGGAUAAGUUCCUUGCAAUCAAUUUCUGGUGAUAGGGGUUCUAAUGAAGUUCAAGAAUCAAAUACAACUGUUGAUGUCAUGUCCUCACCCGAAGUUGAGAAAGAUAAGUUUGAACUUAUAUGGCGUGACUUAGCUGGUAAAGAAAUAGAUGAAGGAAGAAAAGCUGGAUAUGGAAAAAGAACUGGAACACAUGCCGUCCUAUGCAUUGACACGUCUGGAAGCAUGAAUGAUGGAAAUGCCUGGUCCCAUGUGAAGCAGUUUUAUGAGGAAUAUUUAGACGGUAUUGAACAACUAAAGGAUCAUGAUGCCUACCAUGACAACAUUGCUGUGGUUACAUUUGGUCAAGAAACGAAAGUCCGGCAAAGACUUACAAAAGAUUUAAAAAAUCUAAGGGGUUUGUUGGAUAAUAUAACGCCAUCUGGACCAAGUCCUUUCUUUGGAGGGUUAAUUAUGGCAGGCGCCGCAGCAAAGACAUCAAAUUAUUCCUUUGCAUUGGUGAAUGAUCUUUUUGUUCCGCCUAAGUUGAUUCUGGUGUCUGAUGGUAGACCUACAGAGUUAGGUUUACAAGAUGGCCCUGAUGUUGCUGAUCCACAGCAGAUUGAACGGACUAAAGCUACCAUAUUAAAAGAAGCUGAAAAGUUGAAAUUAGACCAAAUAGAUGUACAUUGCAUUUCCGUUGGCAAAAAUGCUGAUCGUGAUUUUCUAAGUGUAAUACAAAGCGAAAGUGUUAAAGAAUUGAUGUAUUACACAGAUGGGGAACGGAUGGCAUUCUACACUGUCAUAAAAUGCAUGAAAGAAGGUAAUCAGAAAUAUGUACGUUGUGAUUCGCCUGACAUUGACAGCUUGGAUGUAAAAGGGGCAACAAUAACAAUGGCAGGCGACCGUCCUAUAAAUGUAUAUAAAGAAAUAAUAGAUGGGAAAUAUCCAACAAUAGGAACACGGGUUGAAAAAGGGGAUGAUUGGAUAUGGGGAAAUCAAAACAACGGUGAAAACGGGACAAUUAUAGGCCAUGCCACUGACACGGACGACGAACAAUGUUGGGUUCAAGUAGAAUGGGACGAUCAAAGUUCUCCAAAAAAGGGAAUACAAAAUGUUUACCGAUACAAAAUGGAUUAUACCAUGGCGGAAGAUGUACGCGAGGCGGAAAUGAAAGAUCGGAUACCUCCAAAGGGAACAGUUUUAGCCGUUGGUUGCAGAGUGAUACAAGGUAAAGGGUUUACUGGAGAUAAGACUAACAUGGAGGGGACAGUGAUAAGGUUCCAUAGAAGUCUCGUGGAGGUUCGAUGGGAUGACGGAACCAGAGACAAAUAUCGUUUUGGUGACAUUUCAUCAGAGGUCGUACCUAAGAUGGAUCCAGGGAGGAAAGUACGUCGAAAAAGCAUUACAAGUAAUCUAACAUUCCGCCGUAUUCCCAAAUUGAAGAUGAACGAUAAGUUGGUAGGUCUGAUUGCAAGUGCAAUCGGGAACGAUUUGCAAUAUUUGGGCGAGGAAUUUGCUGUCAAAAGUGCGCUUAUUACUGAUAUACAUGUAGCAGAAGAAAAUCAAGAUGAAAUUAUCAAGCAGAAAACUGCGAUGUUAAACGACUGGAUAAAAAAAGAUAUGAACCGUACAUUAGACGUACUUGUAAAAGUCAUUCUUGCAAGUGGUGUUACAUUCGAUUUUGAUGAACUGGGAAGAAUUGUUGAAGCUGCCAAAAAAGGAAAAGAAAUUUGACUCUCUCCAUUACGUUCAGUACUUCUUUUCACUUUCUUUUCACUUUCGUACUUUCCACUAAACAGAACUAAAAGUAAUGUCAUAUAAAUGUAUUUUAUGCAUCGAAAUAAAAUGUGUGGACUUCUUAAAUUUACAGCAGAGUUUGAUAAGUUUAACCAGUUUAGACAGAUCCAACCUUAUCGGUAAUCGUUAGUUAUCAAAAUUACUGAACGUUUUAGUUUAUUUUCUCAUAUUAUAACUUUAUAUGUUACAGGUUAUAACUCUUACCUAAUGUAAUAUGACAUCACAUUUCUAGAUUUGUUUGAGACUAUUCAUAUACUAUUUACUGACUGUCAAACAAUGGUAACUAGGUUUCAUCAGAAAAUGUAGACAAAAUUAAAAAAAAGUAUGAUAUUACUCAAAAUGUAACAAAAACUUGUAACUUGUAAUAUACAUUUUUUUUUGAAAAAAUAAAUAUACCUGGUGCAUGAGAUAGAUAAUUGUAAUGAAAGUAUAUCAUAUAAAUCACGGCGCAUGUAUCCUAUAAUCCCAUUUGAGGAAAUCAAUAAUGCCUAUGCAGCAUGACGUCUUUUCCGUUAUUCAAACGUUGUGUAAAACACGCUUAUGUUAGGGUUACACUAUAUCUUCGUCUAUUAAAAAAAACUUAUUUUUUUACUUUAAGGGUAUGCCAUAAAUAGAAUAUUACUUACGUGCGGUUGCAUUACUGAUUUUAUGGAACUCGUUGAAUAAUACAAAAUAUUUUAUUCAAAUUAUUAUUAAAUUGAUUCAGGAUUUAACCUUCACUUAUUCAACAUUCUCUAUGUAUUGUUGGGACGAUUUUAGUAAUGAUACUUACAUAUUUUCAAUCUUGAGUCGGUUUUUUUUAGUCAUUUCACUCAAGUUAAUAAAAUGAAUAUUCUGUAUGUUUUUCAAAGAUUUCUUUAAAGUGGUGAAUUAUCUAUUUUUUCUAUUUAUAUUAUUCAGAAUAGUGUAUUCGUGUUAAAAUAUAUUCAUUUCGUUGUUAAUCUAACUAUUAACAUCUUUUCCACAUUGAAAUGUAUUCAUUUUAGUUUGAAUUAUUAUUUGUAGUUAAAGCUGGAGGAUAACAUAUUUUGUUAUAUUAUUAUUCUUCUUAUAACUUUGAAUAGUGCAUUCUCGUUGGAAACUUCAUCUCCAUUACAUUGUAAUUCUUACAUUUUAUUCAUGUUUUUACACUCUUUUGCUCUUGAUAUUUGAUUUUAUUUCUUCCAAAUUGGAAAUUGUUGAUUCUAUUUUAUAAUGUCAAUAUUAGUUCUUAGCUUUAAUACCGGAAAAUUUAUUUAAAUUUCACCGAGCUCCAAUCUAUAUUCAUUAUUUUCGGCAACGUUAAAUCAUGUUUUCGUAAGGAAAAUUACAUUUUUUUAUUGCAUGUAUGAACGAUUUUAGAUGGUAAGAAACUAAGAUUCCAGAUUAUAUAAUAAAAAAAAUGAAAUUUCAUGGUAAUAGUAAAUACUGAUCUGGUAAGGUUUAGUGUGUUAAAUCGUUUAUUCAUUAUAACAUCUUCAUUCAACCGAAAAAAAAAACGCGUUUUCCUUUUCAUAAUCCAUUUCAUUAAAUACUCGUAUGUUGUCUGACAAAGCUCUCAUCUUUUGCUUAAUUUUCUAAUCGGUAUACUGGUCAUUAUAUUUAAUGUUAUUUAUUACUUCCACAAAUGUCGACAAAUAUCAAAACCAUGGCAGUUUAUUCGUUUUGCAAUGUGUUUUAUUCGAUCCCAAAUACCGUGCUUCCCGGAUCACGUACCCCUAUAUUCCCUUUUGCCAUCAUGUGGUACUAAAACUAACCCGGAUGAAAUAAUUCUGUACUAUUAAAGAAAGUAUAUCCUGGUGAUUUUUAUGGAGCAAAAAUGUUAAAAUAUGAACGUUUUUAAUGUGACAUUUUGAUUUCUUGCAACUUAUUUAAAAGAGAUAUUUUGAAAUAUAACGGUAGAUUCUCUGUCUUCAAUUAAUUAAAGGAAUGCCGCUUUAUGGACAGUCAAAGGUUGAAACAUUGGUUUAUAAUUAAUUGGAUACAAAUUAAAGUAAAAGUUAUUUUAGUGUAAUUAUUAAGCAGACAUUUGCAUGUAAUUCAAAUACAUAUUAUGCUCAAAUUUAAUAUUAGGAAAUACUGAUACUUGCAACAAAGUCUGUUUGUAAAUAUGAAAUAAACAUGUUUUGACUCAACACAAAUGAGAUAUGUGACAUUUAAAAUUGUACACACUAAAGGUGGUCACAAUAUGAUUAUAUAGUGUCAUUAAAAAACUGGCAUUUUCUAUGUAAAGGCUUACUUAACUUGACCUGAAAUAGGGCACGCAGCUGUCCAUAGAUGAUUUAUGUUAACAAAAAUAGACAUAUUAAGUAAGAAUUUCACAGAGUUCAAUAAUUUUCGGUGAGCAAAAUAUUUUACUCAAGCAUGGGGAUAGCAUAUCUUUAAUGUAUAGUCACAGGAAAAUGAAAAAAGGAAUUUUAUUACAUAUCUAUCUUAUGCAGCACUGAACAUUAUAGAGGAAUAAUAUAGUUUUUGUUGUUUUUGUUUUGUUUUUUAUCACAUCACAAAGAUUUUUCGAAAUGUGUAUUAAAAUGUUAUUAAUAAAUUGCCUUAUUGCUACUAAUGAAGUUAAUCAGAAUAAAUGUAUGUUCUACUUUCA